AUGGCGAGUGUGGAGGAGCGGCAGCACGGGCGUGGAGGGGACACACCGAGCCCAGGGCACGCCACCACGGCCCGAUCAGCUGCUAGAUUUGGACCACAACACGCAGGGGCCCGAGAACUGGCCAAUUUAUACUCCCCAGGCAAAAGAUGUCAGGAGUGGAUCAGUGUCAUCCUGUGCUUUUCUCUAAUGGCCUUCAAUUUCGUUCACCUCCUUGCUAAUUUCCACCUGAGCCAUGUCUGGUACAUUGUGUUGGGCAUAAUUGCAGGAAUCCUGACUGCGGACUUUGCCUCAGGGCUGGUUCACUGGGGAGCAGAUACAUGGGGGUCUGUGGAUCUGCCUGUUUUUGGAAAAGCGUUUAUACGACCGUUCAGAGAGCAUCACAUCGACCCCACAGCCAUCACGCGACACGACUUCAUCGAGACCAAUGGAGACAACUGUAUGCUCACGAUCAUCCCUUUAGCGAACAUGGCCUUUAACUUCCUCUGGCUCUCUCCUGCGGAGAUCUACCAUAUCUACCCGUUCUACUGCUACCUGUUUGCUUUGGGCAUAUUUGUGACGUUGACGAACCAGAUCCACAAGUGGUCACACACGUACUUUGGGCUGCCCAGCUGGGUCGUGUUUCUGCAGGACUGUCAUAUCAUCCUCCCACGAAAACACCACCGCAUCCACCACGUCACUCCGCACGAGACCUACUUCUGCAUCACAACAGGUUGGCUGAACUACCCUUUGGAGAAACUGGGAUUCUGGAGAAACCUGGAAGAUCUAAUUCAGGGAGUGACGGGAGAGAAGCCCAGAGCAGAUGACCUCAAGUGGGCUCACAAAGUCAAGUAA